GGGACGGCCGGCGCCCUAUCGCAGUGCACACUCGCGGGGCGGUGGACGCGGGGUGAUAGGGGCGGACACCCGUGAAGACAGUGUGCUAAAGCCACGCUGGAUUGCAGUGAAGAGUCACGGGUGUCGGUGUCAGCUGUAUGUGUCAAUCGUAGUGUCAGUGUCACAGGAGUCGUUGUCGGCGUCUGGUAGUGACUGCGGCGUGACUCGAUAGUGAUUCGGUCAGCGGCGCCGGCUGGUGCGGCGCUCUGGAUCCCAGUGAGUCGACCACAGACAUCAGACGCCGCCAAACGGCGCCGUGCCACAUGGUGCUGCAAGGUUAGCUGAUAAACAGCGGUCUCGCAGCUGGUCUCUUAGACAUAUCCAUCAAUCAAGUGGUCCUGCAAUGGGCACUAAAACGCAGCUUUAGUGUCGCAACCUGAGACAAUAUCGUCACUUCAACUUCGUGAAGUGACCUUGUGUCUGACCGCGUAGCGUGACCUUACCUUGUGAUCAGGUCUGACUGGCUGGGUCCGGUCAGGUUUGACUACACUGUUGGUGACACGCUCUCGAUAGUAAUGAUAUCUUCGAGGGGCCUAUUCAAGUGACAUCUUAAAGUGACCUUUCCAAGCGACCUCUUCAAGUGACCUUUCCAAGCGACCUCUUCAAGCGACCUCUUCAAACGACUUAUUCAAGCGUCCAGUUCAAAACUGCUUCGAAAUACCGCUUCAAAGGACCUCUUCAAGUUCAAGUGACCUCUUCUGGGCCCCUUGCUUCCCGAGUCUGACAGGACAUCAGUCACGAUGGCUCGAGAUCGUCUUCUAGAGCUUCAACAGCGAGCCGGAAAUGCUCCAACCAUCACCCCAGCGCCUGUCCCGGCGGCUCCGGCGGCUCCGGCGGCUCCCGCACCUCCGGCAGCUCCUGCGAGCUCCUCUGACCCGGAGGCCGGCCAGCCGGUGGUGGUCGUCUCGCGUCCCUCCCGGCUGGCGCGCUUCCUCCGCCGUGCCCCGGCCGCGGCAGCUGCGGGGACAGCUGCGGCAGCUGCCGGUCAGCAGGAGCAGCCGCUGGUGCAGCAGCUGCAGCAGGAGCUGGCCGAGCUGAGCGCCGCGCUGGCCGAGACGCGUGCCGCUGUGGACGAGGUCAGCCGGCAGCAGUGUCGUCAGCUCAACUCCCCGAGGCACCAGGAGCAGGCGUGGCAGCAGACCCAGGACAGCGCCGCCGCCGCCCUCGCCAACAUCAGCAGGAUCAAGACCAAGCUGGACAGACUCCAGAAGAAGCUGACGGAGUCCCUGCCUGAGCUGACGACGACCCAGGCCAAGAUGCUGCAGAAUCAGGUGAACGGCUUUCGCACCCAGCUGCUCACUGUCGUCCAACGCUUCAACGAGGAAGAGAUGAACUUCAGGGCAAAGAAAAAGGAUCACCUGAAGCGGCAACUACAGAUCACUGGCGCCGACAUGGACGACGACGAACUGGAGAACUUGAUAGACAGAGGCGACGCCCAGAUCUUCAACGAAAGUAUUCUGAUGCGCGUGGAGACAGCGCGUGCAGAGCUGAACGAAGCCGAGGAGCGGUACGAGCAGAUCCGCGCACUGGAGAUGUCCAUUCAGCAGCUGCACGAGAUGUUCCUCCAGCUAUCGCUGCUGGUGCAGCAGCAGGGCGAGAUGGUCGACCGCAUCGAGGAAAAUACGUUCCAGACGGCUGCGAAAGCAGAAAAAGGUGCCGAGCAGCUUCACGGAGCGCUGAAAAAGCAGCAGCGAGGCCGGAAGAUGCGGAUCGUAUGUGGAAUUCUGGUGGCGGUCAUAAUCGUCAUAUUGGUCAUCAUCCUCCUCAGCUACCUCGGGUAGUGUGCCUGUCUGGAUCCAGACUCCAGUGUACUCUACCGUCCAUCCAGAACUACCAGUGCCGUGCUGUCGUGUAGAACGAAAUACUGAGCGUAUGAGUGCGAUCGUGUGACGCAAUGUGAUAGCCCUCGGCCAGCCUGACGCGUUUUUAGGACUGGUGCGUGCCAUGAUGCCGUAUUUGGGCUGUGCUGUGUCGUCGCUGACUUGGACUGUGCUGAUUGUGCAGUGCUGAUUGUGGGGACGAUAUGUGAUGAUGCCCCGUAGGAAGAAUAGGACGAGACUCAGAUUCCGUGAUUGGGCCGCAAAGCGAAAAAUUCAUUAUGAGACUGCCGUGGGAGCUCUUGCAACUCAAGGACUCUUGUGCUCCUGAGGGAACUACCAGAAGACCCACAUCGUCUUGAGUGUGUUACAACGACUCACGAACUCACAGACUGCGAGUGAAGUGUUAGCUUUGCUCUCGUACCGAACAUGCCCUCACUCACAGCAGGAUGGCGGCACAGUGCGCAGUGCAUACUCGUCAGCUGCAACAAUAAGAGCGAGCCUCAUCAAGCGCCCAUGUCUAUAAACCAUAACAUAUGUGCAGAUAUACGCUAUACGGCACUUCGAGCAAGCCAACAGUGGAUGUGAGAUGUUUCCUAUGUCACAGCGUAACAUGCUAUUUAGGUGAGGGUUUUGGUGCUUACGCCAGUGUCCUUAGCAUAUUUAUAGGUGUCAAUGUCAUUUAUAUUAGCGCAAUAAAGCUUGGGUAAUCUUUGGUCACCGUUAUGGGCGUAAGUGCGUAUCGCACCAUCCAUGCGCCCUUUGCUGUUAGGUUUCGCAGGUGGAGCUAGUAGUCACACAUGACAAUGUAACAGAUGUCGCAGCGUAACUCGCGAGUCCGAGUAGUCGCCGCCUGUUGUUAUCCAUCUGCUAUCCUCUAUGAGAACGUGCGGCGAGACCAGAGGUGAAAUAUAAAACCAUUGAUUCGA